AGACCGGUGUGAGUUCGAUUGAAUUGACCUCAGAUCGGAAUGGAAAUGCCUGUUGUAUCCUUCAUUGUAAACAGACUCGGAGUUUUGUUAACUGAAGAAGCUAAAUUCUUACACGGAGUAAGCGGUCAAGUUGAACAAAUCCGAGCUGAGUUAAAGCGAAUGCAAUGCUUCUUACAAGACGCAGAUUAUGAAAUACAAUCUGAUCAUCAUGUAGAUGCGAGGGUCAACAACUGGGUUGCGGAAAUUAGAAAACUUGCUUAUGAAACUGAAGAUAUCAUCGAAACUUUUGUCAUCGAAGUUUCAUCCAAAAGGGGUUUCCAAAACACCCUUAAAAGAUUCGCUGGCAUCUUCAACAAAGGGCAAGAUGUUCACAGGGUGGGAUGUGAGAUCGGUGCUAUUAAAAACAAGAUCACUGACCUCACCGCUAGUUUACAUACUUACGGCUUGAAAAGUAUAGGUGAAGGCAUAAGAAGUUUGGCAGUUGAGAAGCAACAAGAAUUGAGGCAAUCGUAUCAACAUGUUGUUGAAGAGGAUUUUGUUGGGUUUGAGGAAGACUUGAACAAGGUUGUGAAACAUUUGGUGCAAGUUGAUGACUAUACUCCUAGUCGAGUUGUCUCUAUUUGCGGCAUGGGUGGUUUGGGGAAGACCACUCUAGCUAAAAAAGUAUAUCAUCACAAAGAUGUCCAGAGUCACUUUGAAGGUUUGGCAUGGGUGUGCAUAUCUCAACAGUAUAAAAGAAGAGAUAUUCUUCAAGAAAUCUUCAUCAAUCUUGUUCCAGAGAGGAAGGAAGAUGUUGUUAGGAUGACAAAUAAUGAGUUGUUUGAGCAACUUUAUAAAGUCCAGCAGAGUAAAAAAUGCUUAGUUGUACUGGAUGAUAUUUGGUCAAUAGAGGCUUGGAAGAGCUUGGAACCGGCCUUUCCAAAUGGAAACACAGGUAGCAAAAUAUUGCUAACGACUCGUAAUAAAAUAUUACCUUCACAGAUAGAUCCAUACCCUAUCGUCCAUGAACCCCAGUGUUUAAAUGACAAGGAAAGUUGUUUUGUUGUUGUUGUAGACUCCAGAGUGCUUGACACAAACAUGGAGGCAUUAGGGAGGAAAAUGGUAAAGCUAUGUGCUGGUUUACCGUUAGCAAUCAUUGUGCUUGGUGGACUUUUGGCAAGAAAGCAUACAUUAAGGGAGUGGGAGAUGGUAUACCAAAAUGUUCAUUCGCAUAAAUGGAAUGACGACCCAACACAGCAUGACAAUGGAGUAUCAAAGGUGUUAGCUUUAAGCUACCAUGACUUGCCUUAUCAAUUGAAGCCAUGUUUUCUAUAUUUUGGUCACUUUCCGGAGGAUUAUGGGAUAAAUGCUGAAAGACUAUAUCACUUAUGGAUAGCUGACGGUAUAAUUGUAGAUGAUGAUAGAGUUGGGGAUGAA